AUGCCACGAAGAAGCUCAAGUCCUUCGAGACCACUACCUCGUCCUCGUACGACUUUGCCUGCUCGUCCACCUCCAUCAGUUCCUGCGCAUCCCCCAGCUCAACCAAGACAACCGGGGUUGAUGGGACAAAUGGCAGCGACUGCCGGUGGUGUAGCUGUUGGGUCCGUGCUUGGCAAUGCUAUCUCAGGAGCGUUUUCGGGUGGUAGUAGUGGCAGCUCACCUCAGCCUGCUACACAGGCAGCAAGUUCAACGGAGUAUCAAAGUCCUUGCCAGUACCACAUUGAUGAAUUAGUUCACUGCGCUCAAAGUCAGAGUGAUAUCAGCGCAUGCAGUGGUUUCUCUGAGGCAUUAAAAGAGUGCAGUCGUCAGUAUGGGCUGUACCAUUGA